UGACAAUGGCAUGCCCAUUCGUGCAAGAUGUGGUGGAUGAAGAAGCACUUGUGCUGAGGAGAGCCUUCAGGCGAGAAAGGGUCUUCAGGGACCGGUUGGACCCACUGGCCUUCCCUGAUGACCAUCUAUAUGAAAGAUACAGGUUUUCUGCAGAUGGCAUCAGGUAUCUAUGCAGACUACUGGGUCCCAGGAUUAAGCACCGCACUGCACGGAGCCAUGCACUGAGUGUGGAGCAAAUGGUUUGUGUGGCCUUGCGCUUUUUUGCUAGUGGAGCCUUCCUGUACUCAGUGGGGGAUGCAGAACAGCUGAACAAGGCCACAAUUUGCCGCACAAUAAGGAGUGUGUGUCUGGCUAUCAAAGCAUUAGCAGAUGUCUUCAUCUCCUUCCCUGGCCACAGAAGACUCUGUGACAUCAAAGAGGAGUUCUAUAGGAUUGCAGGUUUCCCCAAUGUCAUUGGUGCAGUGGACUGCACACACAUAAGGAUAAAAGCCCCCUCAGGUGCCCAUGAGGCCGAUUUUGUGAAUAGGAAAUCCUUUCACAGCAUUAAUGUUCAGAUGGUCUGCAAUGCUGACUGUGUGAUCAGCAAUGUUGUGGCAAAAUGGCCUGGCUCAGUCCAUGACUCCAGAAUCUUUCGGGCCUCUGAAAUCUAUCAGUGCCUAUCACAAGGUGAAUUCUCUGGUGUGUUGCUGGGAGACAGGGGGUAUGGCUGCCAGCCUUUUCUCCUGACACCUUUCACAGACCCCCAGGAAGCACAGCAGGCCUACAACCAUGCCCAUGCCAGGACCAGGGCCAGAGUUGAAAUGACCUUUGGCCUCCUGAAGGCACGCUUUCACUGCCUUCACAAAUUAAGGGUCAGCCCUGUUAGGGCAUGUGAUAUUACUGUGGCUUGUGCUGUCCUCCACAAUGUGGCCUGCCUGAGGAAGGAGAGGGCCCCAGAGUGCCACCAGCCAUGGACUGGGACAAUCCGGCAAUCUUCCCUGAUGACGACAGUGGUCGGCUGCUGAGGGACCAAUAUGUGUUGAAUUAUUUUAGUUAGUAUGUGUGCUUUCAAUUUUGGUUAAAUAUGUCCUGCGGUGGCAGAGGAAUUUGGGUUUUUUGGGUUCGUUUUUUGACGAAUUUGGCCUCUUAUGAUGUUUGUGCGGUAUACUGUGUGUAAUACAAGGCUGCAGGGAGGCUACUGCAUCCAUUCAUUUGUCUGUUCAGUUGAUGUGUAUGGAUUUGUCCUGCAUUUAUUUUAGUGUGCAGACAUGCAGGGUGUGUUAUAUACAGACCUUUGAAUGUGUAUGUAUCAUUUUGUAUAAUAUGCUUGGAUUCUGUGCUUUCCAUCUUGUAGAGUCACUGUGACUUCAGUUUCGAAAGGAGCUGAUGGUUUACCUGCUUUGUUUUGUCCUUAUUCAAUAAAGGAACAUAAUGUUA